AUGUCCGAGGAAGGUCAUCGAGGCGAGCUCAUCUAUACAGACAGAAGCUCUAAAGAAUCUAAAGAAACAUGGGAUGUAGAGAACGACCGCAUCCCUGCGGAUGAGGUGCCGGAUGGCGGCCUCAUGGCAUGGCUCCAAGUGGUAGGCGCCUUUUUCUUUCUCUUCAAUACAUCCGGGAUUAUCAAUUCGUUUGGCAUCUUUCAAACAUAUUACGAAGGAAGCAUCCUUGAAGAUAAAAGCGCUUCCAGCAUUUCCUGGAUCGGCUCUAUUCAGGCAUUUCUUGUGCUUUUCGUUGGUGCGCUCACAGGCCCGCUCUUUGAUAUGGGCUAUUUCCGUGUUAUGACCGUCAUUGGCACUGUGUUUAUUACCUUUGCUAUGAUGAUGGUCAGCAUUUCUACAAAGUACUGGCAUUUUAUACUUGCCCAAAGCCUAUGCUUUGGGUUUGCAGGUGCAUGUCUCUUUGUUCCUGGCAUCGCGAUUGUGUCAACAUACUUUUCCAAGAACCGUGUGCUGGCUAUUGGGAUUGCCACUAGCGGUAGUAGUAUUGGUGCUGUUGUAUACACUGUUCUCUUCCGCAAAAUUGUAAACAAACCUGAAAUUGGCUUUGGGUGGACUGCGCGGAUUUUGGGGUUUUUUAUGCUCGGCACACUGUUAAUUUCCAAUGUGACGCUCCGCCCCCGUGUGCCUGCUUCGCAUCGGAGAUCCCUGUUUGUGGUGGGUGCGGUGAAAGAGCCAGCAUCACUGAUUUUCCUAUUCGGCAUUCUGCUGGGUUACAUGGGCGCCUAUAUCCCUUACUACCACGCAACUGCGUACGCGAUGCGCAAAGCGGGGGCCAGUGAGCCGCUAGGGUAUUACCUGGUGGCCAUCAUAAAUGGUGCGAGUGCCUUUGGUCGUAUUAUUCCUAGCAUCCUGGCUGAUCGUAUUGGUCCUUUUAAUACACUUGCACCUAUGGCGAUUGCCUCUGCGAUCCUCGCGUUUUGCUGGCUCGGUAUAAAAAAUGUACCCGGCAUGUGCGUUUUCACCAUCCUGUACGGUUUCUUCACAGGUGCAUACGUGUCGCUGCCGCCCUCGUGCGUUGCAAGUCUUACCAACAAUCUCCAUGAGAUGGGAGCGCGCGUUGGCAUUUGUUUUUUGUUUGCCGGUGUGGGUAUGCUUGUGGGUAAUCCAAUUGCCGGUGCGCUUGUGGAUUUGGACACAGAUUCGUUCUGGAAAGCGCAAGUGUGCUGUGGUGCAUUAGUGACUGGAUCCGCCGCGUGUCUCACAUUGUCCAAGUUUAUUCUGAACCGACAUCUGAUGGCCAAAGUAUAG